GAUAACACCGGAGCAGCAGAACUGUAGAAGAAUGUCUGAAGAAAAGGAUUCAACUACAGCUGAAUUUUGGACCGAUCGUUGGAAGGAAGGGAAUACUGGCUGGCAUCGGCAAGAAGUAAACGCAUAUCUAAUUAAGUAUGUUGACGAGCUCACUGGUGGAAGAGCGAAAGUGCGUGUAUUCGUGCCUCUCUGCGGCAAGUCAGUCGAUAUGUUGUGGUUAGCCGACCAAGGACACGCUGUAAUAGGGGUAGAGGUUGCUAAAAAAGCAAUAGAAAAUUUUUUCUUAGAAAAUAAUCUGAGUUUCACCGUGGAAAUCGUUAAAAUGGCCGCGGAAAGCGAACCUGUGGACAAGUACAAGUGCAACGAAAAGGAUAUCACAAUCUUUUGCUGUAAUCUGUUCAGUGUCACGGAAGAUGAUGUCGGUGGCAGAUUUGACGCUAUUUGGGACCGCGGAUCUUUGUCUGCUGUUGCUCCUGCAUUCAACGAUAAUGGCAAACGAUACACGAAAAAGAUGCGUUCACUUCUUGCUAGCGAUGGAAACUACAUGUUAGAAAGCCAUUACUAUGAAGUUGACCGAGGAAUGAGGCCACCAGCCUGUAUUUCUGAAGAGCUUAGGAAUGAAAUUUAUGGAGAAGAUUUUAUCAUCAGAGAGCUGGAAGUAAAUAGGCUGGAAGAGGAUCCUAAUAGGAGCUUAUCAUUCGCUUUAGAUCUGCACUAUCAUUUAUUCAAACCAAAGGAAAGCUAAUGAAGGCAUCUGAAUGCAUUACCCUAGACUAAUUAGCCCAACUGAUGCUGAUUGCAAGGGAAUGCACGAUUUUUUCUACCUGAGAAACUUUAGAACCUAGGUGAUUCUAUCACAGCUUGUUUACAAUUGAUUCCGACUCGAUUUGGUUGUUGUUUGUUUUUCCUUUUUUAAGACAUUUCAUAUUUAGUGCAGAAGUCAACAGCAGAGUAAAGUGAGGUCUCAUUUAUAAGAUGAAUGUACUAUUUGAACAAUGCAAGGACAGUGAAAAUCUGGUUUUUGGCUAGUGAUAGGUUAAUGUGGAACACUUAAAGUAAUGAUUUUGGCUACAAGACUUAGGCAACAAGAGGUAAAAAAAGGGGAAAAGAUCAGGUAGCACCUUUUGACUUUAAUCCAAACUGGAGCAUGUCAGUCUGUAGUGCAGGAAUUUUUGUUGGAGAGGGCAAGUAAGCAUUACAAGCUUGUUGUGUUUAAGUCUUUGUUUCCCCCCAUCUCCCUCAACAUUAAAAUUAAAAGAUGGCAGCUGAACAUUUUUCAAAGAAACACUCUGUGCUUUCUUAGCAAAACUGCACCUUCACCACAGGCUAAGAGCCUGAGGAUAUGAAGCAUCAAAGAACUCAGCUGAGUGCUACAACCACCAAUAAAAAAAUAGAUUUCCGCCAUUUUUGGUCUGAUGUAGAAUCCUCUUUCUUUUUCGCUUCAAAUUAGGCAAUGUAAGUUCAUUCUCAACCAUUUACAUAAGCCAAGCAGAGCCACUUCUUGAGCUGAUGUACCAUUAAGCUUUAUCAAGCAGGUAUUGGACGACAAUUAACAUUGUUUCAUUGAA